UUCGAUUUGGUGCAUAAUUAAAAGUUUCUCGAUUGUACACGAAAAAAACCGUCAUUGAGACAGUGGUCAAGAUGGCGAACGAAGUUACUCAUGCACCAAACAAAACAUGGGAAUUAAGUCUCUAUGAGCUCCAUAGAACUCCCCAAGAUGCAAUAACAGAUAAUACUGAAAUUGCUGUUUCUCCUAGAAGUUUGCACAGUGAACUGAUGUGUCCGAUUUGCCUUGAUAUGUUGAAGAAUACUAUGACAACAAAGGAAUGUUUACAUCGUUUUUGUCAAGAGUGCAUCAUAACUGCACUAAGAAGUGGAAACAAAGAGUGCCCGACAUGUAGAAAAAAACUCGUAUCAAAGCGAUCUCUUCGCCCUGAUCCGAAUUUCGAUGCUCUUAUCUCCAAAAUUUAUCCUAGUAGAGAUGAAUAUGAAGCCCACCAAGAAAGACUCAUGGCAAAACUAAACAAACAUCAUAAUACUGCUGCCUUGACCACCAGUAUUGAAGAAGGUCUGCGUUUGCAAGCAUUAAAUAGGGCACAACGAGUACGCAAACAAAAUUCAGAAAGAAGACAAGAUGAAGAGUCGAAUGAUGGAAAUGUAUCUGAAUCCCAGGGCAUGGCAGAAACUGAUGAGAAUAUUUCAAAUGAUGCUAUGCAUCCAAAAGCAAUUAAACAUUUCUCUGAUGAUUCUAGUGCAGAAAAUUCAACAGGAGAGGCUAGUAUGUCAGAGCACCUUUCUAGAGGUAGCCCUGAACCAGUAAUUCCUCAGCUCGUGAAUGAGAUUGAACUCAUUUUUAAACCACAUCCUGAAGAUCCUGACCUUGUUGAUCCUGCUUCUCAAACUCGUUAUAUUAAGACAACAGCAAAUGCCACAGGUAAUAUUUUAGUCUGUACUACUUAACUUUUAACAUUUUGAACUUAUUGUUUUAAAUUAAAUUAAAAUUGUUAAAAAUACUUUAAUAGUUUAGAAAGGUAUUUAAGUAGGUAAAAAUGGUAUUUAGGGGGAAAGACUGCGAUGAUCCGAUUAUCAAAAAAUGAAAUGAGUAAAACAAAGUAUGGGAAAACCUGAAAAAAGGAACACAGUAAAACAACGAACGUGUUGCAGGAAGCCUUCAUCAGCAAACAACAGAAAAAACAGAAUUAUAUUAGAAAUAGCACUUAGCUUAAAAGUAAUAUCCGAGGGGGCAGCAAAAGAAUUAUGACCAAAAAUAAGUAGUUGAGAGAUUAAAUACAGGCAAAAAGGGAAAGAAAAGAGAAGUAAGUCCACUACAAUUGGUCAUGACUUGGAUGGGUGGAGCUAAGGCUUGACAUGUGAAUGAAACAUGAUGUUCAUGCCAUGUGAUGUCAACGUUCCAUAAGUCUGGAUAAGCUUGUUUUCCGAAUUCACCUGGCUGAGUGUGUUUGAGCUGGUCACAAUCACACUAAUUGUUAAAUCUGCCAUGCCCUUGUGGUUGCUUCUAUUGAAGAAUUUAGAGACGGGACACAGUUAAUUUUGUGAAAUAUUACAGAGAUGUCAGUACAUCUGUCACAGAGUCGGCGUCUCGUCUACCCUGAGUACGAUAUCUGGCAGCAGAUGCAAGCAAUCGCAUAGAUAACAUUGCGGCUAGUACAAAGGACACCACACCCUAUCUUAAAACUGCCCUUAGGAUAAAACUGCCCUUUUAUGUGUUGAGUUUGGACAAGGACAAGUGUUGCAACGGCUGCGUCCACUUGCGUCAAAAUGGGAGGGUGCAGCAUAAGUUGGUAAAAACAGGGUUCAUGAUAAACUUUGGAUAGGCGAUUUCUCCAUCACUAGUCUAUUCUUUGCUAUUUAUAACUAUUACUAUCAAAAUUGGCAUCAGAAAUGUAUGUUUGGAUAAUUUUUAAAAGAAAAAGAUGCUAGGGAAGAAGGAUAAUUAAAUAAGUCUGAAAUUCAUAAAUUCAUGAAUGUAUGACUGUUGCAUAAACUGCCUAGCUAGGCAUUAGCUGUAGUAUGAGGUGCAAUAAAAUUUAGUUUGAUUGAGGUAUUUAAUAUGUAUAUAAUUGUUAAUUAUAUUUAUGUUUUAAGAUAUUUUUAAGUUCAAGAAGAAUGACUUGUUUCAACUGAUUCUAAAUAUUGAACACACCAUCUAAAUAAUCUUGCAACAUGUCAUUUAGUUUAUGUAUAAAGUAUCAAUUUUAUAUUACAUACAAUACUUAUCCUAAGUAGGCAUAAGGAAUCUAAUUUAUAAUAAAAUAAAAAUGUUCUUUGUUUUGCCUUUCUAUUCUAGUGGAUCAUCUCUCAAAAUAUCUUGCCAUCCGACUUUCCUUAGAUAAUGCUACAGAAGGUGAAGAUGGUAAGCAAAGGAUAAAUGGCUAAUGUGAAGAGAUAGCACCGUGACGUCAUUUGCGUGUUUUGUCCCUGGUUCUGAUAGGGUCAAAACCAAUGUUAAGGAUAAGUAUAGGGUUCAGGUUAGCUUUAGGGACAGAUUCAGGGUUCAUGUUAGGUUUUGUUAGGGAUAAAUUUAGGACAUAAAUUCGUGGCCAUGGUAAAAUAAACACAUUUACCGGAUAAAUUUGCUAUCAAGGGAUUUUUUAUUAGUAAUUAAAUAAAUUUGAAAAAAUAAUUUCUUCCCUGGGAUAAAUAAAGCAAAAAUUUAAAAGUGUUGUCUUUGAUUUGUUUGACUAAACUUUAAAUGGGUCUGAUAUACCCUGGGUGAAAUAUUUUUCACUUAUUUAAAAAUGUUAAAUAUUUUGUUCAAUAAAAAAAGAAUUCACAGAAGGCAAAUUCUACACUUAAAAUGUAAAUUUAAGUGGAUUUAUUUUCAGUAAUGAAUAAAAAAGAAAACUUUUAAUAUUUUAUUAAAUCAGCUCUCACAGUUAACCCUCAAACUGUGGCAUGCAUCAUUCUGUAGUGUGGGAGCUUUUCAGAGCUUUUUGAGUGCCUUUUCAAAUUGCAUUAAAUGACAUAGAAAUAUUGAGACAAGACCUCAAUAAGUAUAUAUUUUUAGAAAGGAAAAUGGAUGGGGAUAAAGUUGGCUCUAUUGCCCACCCUGUAAAAUAUUUUGCUCGGUGUCCUUGACCUUGGAGUGCUCAAGAAAAAAAAAUCGACAAAAUGUCUUGCUUUCCAAGUGCUCAUAACAUCAUUAAUUUUUAUAGAUACACUUGAAACACUUAUGUAAAUGUUGUAGCCAAUUCAUUUAUCUUUCAGAAAAUGUAUAGUUUGCUUAGGUUUUGAUUGCAUUAAACCUCUGAAAGCAAUUUUAGUAAUUUUAGGUCAUUUAUGUAAGAAACUGGGACCACAGCUAAAACCAAGACCAAGUAUAAAAUACAAUAUCUUAGGCAAAAUAAUUAUUAUUGACUAGCAGUAAACAUUUAAACUGUGGAACUGAUUUGGAUUGUUAAACUAUAAAAUUUAUUAGUUCUGAACUUUCAUCUGUAGCUUUUUUGACUAAAAUUCAGUCAGUCCUUGCCCAACCUCCGGGCCUGGCUGGAAGUCUAACAGCAGGCCUACUUCAGUAUCACUAAGACUAGUAUAAGAUUCACGAGAAGAAGAAUCUCAACUGAUAUUGUCAUGGGUAAUGUUAAAAUCAUCAUCAGUAUCACUUAAAUCCUCUCCUAAAAAAAAUUCAAAAAUAUUUCUAUUAGUUCUUGCACUGAUGGCCCAGCCAUUUUAGCUUUAAAAAAAAAACAGCGCUAUAAAACUCCAAUUAAAAAGUACUUUUUCGUAAGUUAUCAAGAAACAGCUUGACCCAGAAGAUUAUUUAAUUAUUAAUAAAAGGAAGUGGCUAUAAUUUAUAAUUUCCGGUUAAAAAUUGAAUUGGAAGUUGCUAUCGGGCCAUGUUUUUCAAUCGGCCGCCACAGCAUAUAGUGAGAAUAUCUGCCGAUUUCUUUGGCCGACCACAGUUUGAGGGUUAAAAUAAUGAGUAAUAUAUGCUGACAAAAACACAGAUGAAUUUUUUCAGUGAUUUUUAAAGAUUGCUUAUUGAAAUUUCAAAGUGUUCUAAUAUUCUAAUAUCCCAAUAAUGUAUUUAAUUUUGAGUUUUUUUCUAAGUCAUUAACUGAUAAAAAUUUAGUAGGAUAAUCACUGUUGUAAAAUCUUUUGUACCAGUACUGUGGAUUAGUUUAUUGUUGAGGACAAUAAAAAUUUAUUUUCAGAAGAUCAGUCUGGAAGCAGACUUUUUGACAUCUUUGUGGCUACACAUCCAGGUCAUUUCAUACUUCUUAAUGGCCCCACAAGCCUCGAGCAAGUGAAAGAAAAAUAUUGGAAGAUAAACAAGCCCCUGGAAAUAUUCUACUCUGUGAGAAAAAGUGCUGCUAUGUCUUCAUUAAAAAAAAUACAUUCAGACAAUAAAUAGCUGGAUGGUUUAUUUCAUCCCAUCAUUUUGUUGUGACAAUUUAAUUUCCAGGUAGAAAUCAUUGUUUUUCUGUGAAGAAUUUCAGAAUUAUGUAGUGAGAAUCACAAAUGAGCUUUCUUUCAUAAUAAUAAUAGAGCAAUGAAGAAUUAUUUUUUUGUACAAUCUUUUAGUAAUAAUUAUAGUAAUUACAAUUUUAAAGCUAUUAAUUCAUUUAAGAAAAGAUAUUUUAAAUCUUUUGGAUUUGCUGUCCAGGUGUUCUUCUGUGCUUUGUGAAAAAAAAAAUUUCAGCUAUAAACCCUCUCAAGUCUCUUGUAAAAAAAAAAGUUACUAAAUUUACAUCUAGAUUUCAAUAAUACUAGCCAUUAACCAUCUAACACUUAAAAAAGUGGGUUGAUAAAUUAGUUACAAUUAGAUAUAAAAAAUAUUUUUGACCAAAUUAAGUUUGAUUCAUUAUUGGUGCAUUCUAUUUUGUGUAUUUAAAGCAAUUUUAACAGAUCUGGUUACUAUUUAUGACCAUAGUUAAGUUUAGUUAUUCUAUUUUCCUUUUGCCUGGGUAAUAACAAUUUUUUUUAUAAAUGGCAUUAGCAUUUAUAUAUUUCCUAAGCUACUAAUGUUAUGUGCUCUCUGCAUAGCUAGUAGCUGGCACCAUGUUAGCUACAGCAGAUCCCCUGUGAAUCAAGCUGUGGGUACUGUGCAAGAUUUUCUUCAACUUUCUCAAAUCUUAAUCAUUUAAGGAAAUAAGUAUAGGAUGUGUUCAGCCAGGACUCCCUAGUCUGUAAAUGCUUAAUUCUGAAAAUGAUUCUUGGAGAGCAAUCACUCUUGAAGUGUAUAAUGUCACUUGCUGUUUACUCCUUUGUGUUCACUUUGAGGUGAUGAAAACAAGUUGUUCAAUCAAUGUUAAGCAACAUAUUUAAUUGUAGAAUUUUCUUUUACCCAACUUAGUGAUGGCUUUAUUUGAUAAGUAAAAUUUGUACUCUUUGCAAAAUAUAAUGUGUGUGACAAUAAUUCCGAAACUGACACAUCACCUGAACUUAAAGAUUUGGCUUAACUUUCCUGUUUUUCUUUACAAAUAAAAUAAUGUUUUUUAUUGGGGGUUUUUUACAUAUAUAUGUGCAAACAGAAUACUGCUACCCGUAUUUGUAGUUAUUAUGAAAUUUUUUUUUGUUUUAAUAGUUACAUGUUAUUGCUAAUUUUUAUUUAUGCUUCGAGGUCAAUGAAUGUAGUGAGCUUUAUUGUUUGUCUCUGAUUAAGGUAAAUCAAUUUUAUUUUAUGAUUAUGACAGUGACAGCAAUUGUUGUUUUAAUUUACCUUCCACUUCCAUUAACAAAAAUUAAUCUGUAAUGUUGCAUUAUUUAUUAGAAAAUGUAUGUUUCAUGUUUGAUUUAAAAAUACAAAUAUCCUCAAGGAUAAGAAGUAAUGAUGUAAUUGUGUAGGAGUCUCAUGCAUAAUUUAGUACGGAUAGAUUUGAUGCUAGUAGUUUAUAAAUUGUAACAGUUGAUGUAAUCACUGUAAUAAGAAUCUACAUGUAGUGUCUUGUGUUUAUUUCUAGUCUAUUCUCUACGUUGUGUAUACAUGUAUAAUUAUACGUUAUUAUAAUUUAUGAUAAAAAUUGACUCAUCCCAUGUUUUUCUUGGUCAUUCUUUACCACAUACAUUCGUCAAACAUUAUAGUAUAGUACUUAUUCAAGUAAUAUGGAUUUUGACUGGUUAAGAUUAGUACAGUUAUUGUAAUUGUAUUGAAAAAUUUUCAUGUGUUUGAACAAUCAUUGAAAUUUUACUCCAGUAAUCCAGCAAUAUUUUUAUUUUAAUGCACAUACUAUUAAUGUACACAUCCUGACACAAAAAAUGGCAAGAAAAUCUCAUUAACUGAAUUAUUGAUUUUACUCCACCAAGUAACUGGGAUUGGGAGGAAUAAUUGUUUAAUUUUUCCCCUUGUGUGGAGGCCCCUGGUUCCAGCCAAUAUUUAUGUUUAAAUUGUUGUGCUUAUUAAUUAAGGGCUGACUCACCCAUUUCCAUGAAUGGUAUAAUUACCGUAUUUUAAAGAAUACUAAAUUUUAUGAUAAAGUAGCUAUCAAAUACAAAAAGAACACUUUAGGAAAGCAGACUAACUUUUAGUAACUGUACUAAAGAAGAGAGUCACUGUUGCUGAAUUCACAUAAUGUCCAGGAGAUAAGAAAUUAAGAAAGCAUGAAUAGAGGAACUUUUAGAGAAUGCAGAGACAGCAGCUAAACAAAGGAUUUGAUCAAACUGUUUUUUUUUAAAACUUGUAUGCACAAUAACUGCUUAGUUACUUUGGUGGUUUGAUAACGGGUGUGUAUGUGGAUUUGGGUUGUGUACAAUAUUAUUAUUUCUAAUUAAUAGCAGACAGCCUAACAACCACUGGCUAAAUAUAUGUGAUACUGUCUAUUUACAAUUACAUGACAACUGAACAGUAAAAGGACUCAGUGUGCUGUGCCUGAAUACAUGGUAGCUAAGAUAAGAUAAAAUAUGAUUAUUUUAUUGAUCCAAAUAAAUGGAAAUGUUUUUUGAUUGCAUUAAACAUUUUCAGCACAUAAAUAAAACAAUUUGAACACAAG